AUGCCGGAGAGGAUAAAGACAUACUUUGGCGACUCGGACGAAGAGCCGGCCAAGCAGGUCCCGAAGCCUGUCGCCGAGCCCGCUGUCACCGAGGACACGGGACGCAAGAGAAAGCGCAACAAGAAACGGAAGCGUGACGAGCCCGCAAACGAAUCUCAGCAGCGCGACAGCGAGCCAAUUCAAGUCGAUGAGCCCGUCAAGGCUCCCCCGGCCGUAAUCGAAGCCCCUACCUCCGCGCUAGAAUCUGCAGAGAACGAUGCGCCUCAAUCACCACAGAGCGAGACCGCCCCGAAGGCCGAACAGAAGUUUAACCAGGUCAACAAUAAGCCUAAGCCCGUAACCGACAACAAACCCAAGCCUAAUUUCACUUCUCUCCGGAAAAAGGCCAAUACGUUGUACGAGCAGCGGAAAAAUUUGCCCAUCUUUGGUCAUUCGGACGAAAUCCGCAAGAAGCUCCGGGAACAAGACGUCAUGCUCCUCGUUGGUGAAACGGGUAGCGGAAAGAGUACGCAGAUUCCGCAAUUCCUUGUUAAUGAGUUCUGGUGUCGUCCAACGGAUACGAAGAUCACCAAGCCGGAUGGUACAGAAAAGCCCAUUAAGGUCGGUGGAUGCAUCGCUAUCACGCAGCCUCGUCGUGUGGCGGCGAUCUCGCUGGCUCGUCGUGUGGCGGAGGAGAUGGGCACACCACUAGGCUCUUCCUCGCCUGCGAGUAAAGUUGGAUACUCGGUGCGAUUCGACACGUCUACGUCACCCAGUACUCGAAUUAAGUUCUUGACUGAGGGAAUGCUGCUGCAGGAGAUGCUACACGAUCCGUGGUUGACUAAGUACAGCGCGGUCGUGGUUGAUGAGGUUCACGAACGGGGCGUGAAUGUCGAUUUGGUGACUGGAUUCCUGCGGAAUUUGGUGUCUGGUCAGGAUAAGGGCCGAGGCGGUGUCCCGCUUAAAGUAGUCGUCAUGAGUGCUACGGCGGAUAUGGAGAGUCUCCAGGGGUUCUUCCAGGAGGGAUUCAAGCUGGAAGCAGAGGAGAAGAAGCUUAUCCAGAAUGGAUCAUAUAAAGCAGAUGACCAAAAUGAGAAGAAGAGAAAGGAUAUCACGGUCUGCCGUAUAAAGGGUCGCCAGUUCCCUGUCAAGACGAUCUAUGCCCCAGAGCCUGUGCAUGAUUUUGUGGAUGCCGCGCUCAAGGUCAUUUUUCAAAUCCACUGCAAGGAGCCAAUGCCUGGCGACAUUCUGGUGUUCUUGACUGGACAAGAGACUGUGGAAGCCCUGGAACAUCUCGUCAACGAGUAUGCUAUUGGAAUGGACCCGGCAUUGCCGAAGAUUCAAGUUCUCCCACUCUUUGCCGCUCUCCCUCAAGCUGCCCAACAGCGAGUCUUCAUGCCUGCACCGCCUCGCACCCGAAAGAUUGUUCUUUCGACUAAUAUUGCAGAGACAUCCGUGACUGUCUCGGGCGUGCGGUAUGUGGUGGACUGCGGAAAGGCCAAGAUCAAGCAGUUCCGUUCGCGACUUGGUCUGGAUUCGUUGUUGGUCAAGCCCAUCUCCAAGUCGGCCGCUAUUCAGCGGAAGGGUCGUGCUGGUCGUGAAGCCCCUGGACAGUGCUUCCGUUUAUAUACUGAGAAGGACUAUCUCACCCUCGACGAGACCAACACCCCCGAGAUCCUGCGAUGCGAUCUGAGCCAGGCCCUGCUCAACAUGAAAGCGCGAGGCGUCGACGAUAUCGUCCGCUUUCCCUUCCUCACUCGACCUCCCCGUGAGGCACUCGAGAAGGCGCUCCUCCAGCUAUUGAAUAUCGAGGCUCUCGAGGAGACGGGCAAGAUUAGUGAAAUCGGUCAGCACAUCGCCAAGCUACCACUUACGCCCACUCUCGGACGCGUGCUUUUGGCGGCGGCAGAGAACGGCGCCGACUGCCUGACAGACGUCAUCGAUAUCAUCUCGUGCCUCAGUGUGGAGAAUAUCUUCCUGAACGUCAACUCGGAAGAAAAGAAGGAGGCCGCUGAGACGGCCCGACGCGACCUGUACCGGCGCGAGGGUGAUCAUCUGACGAUGCUUGCGACAGUGCGUGCCUACGCUGCCGAGCACGCCGACCGCAAGGCGUGGGCUGAGCGACAUCUGGUCUCGCACCGCGCGAUGCAGUCCGUCAUGGAUGUUCGCAAACAGCUUCGCAUGCAGUGCCGCCAGGCCAAGCUACUCCCUAAAGACCAGAGGGACGACCACUAUCCUGAUCCCUCCCCAGUUCUCAUAUUACAGAGUUUCCUCCGUGGCUUUGCCACCAACACCGCUCGCCUGGUGCCGGACGGUAGCUAUCGUACGGUGGUUGGGAACCAGACCGUUGCGAUCCACCCCUCGAGCGUGUUGUUCGGAAAGAAGGUUGAGGCGAUCAUGUACAACGAGUUUGUCUUUACGAACCGCAGUUACGCCCGUGGGGUCAGCGCGGUGCAGAUGGAUUGGGUGGGCGAAGCCCUUGCCGGGUAG